AUGGUUCUCAAGACCGAACUCUGUCGUUUUAGCGGGGCCAAGAUUUACCCAGGAAAGGGCAUCAGAUUUAUUCGUUCUGAUUCUCAGGUCUUCCUGUUUGCCAACUCAAAAUGCAAAAGGUACUUCCACAACAGGUUGAAGCCAUCAAAGCUUACCUGGACAGCCAUGUACAGGAAGCAGCACAAAAAGGAUAUUGCUCAAGAAGCUGUGAAGAAGAGGAGACGUACCACCAAGAAGCCUUACUCAAGGUCUAUUGUGGGUGCCACACUUGAGGUUAUCCAGAAGAGGAGAACUGAGAAGCCCGAGGUUCGUGAUGCUGCAAGGGAAGCUGCUCUCCGUGAAAUCAAGGAGAGGAUCAAGAAAACCAAGGAUGAAAAGAAGGCCAAGAAGGCAGAAGUCACAAAAUCCCAAAAAUCUCAAGGCAAGGGUAGCAUUACCAAGGGAGGUGCACAACCAAAGGGACCAAAGCUUGGGGGUGGCGGUGGCAAGCGCUGA